AAUAUUUGGAAACAACAGAUUUGCAAUGCUCUUUGGUAAAGUCGUAAGUGCUAACUACUACGGAUUGGUUGGUGUAUUGCUUUCUUCAACCCUAAGGAAUCCAAAACCUGUUAGAAACACGGUGACCUCUUGAACAAAACCCUCCAUAUUUGAUUUCAUAUCUUGUGUCAUCACGUAAAGUUCCCAAGUAACUACAUCUCCUUGUUCUCUUCCCCGCCAGCCAAACUAGCCGCCGUAGCAAUAGCAGCAGCAGCAGCAGCAGGGGUACUGCUGCUUUCUCCCAGCAGCUUGAAAUCUAAGAAGCUAAGCAUGGGGAAAACACUGGAUGUAUUGUUAGGGAGAAGCUUUAAGGCCUCUAAGUUCAAGACGCUUGUAAACCUUGCCAUCUCCCGUCUGUCUGUCCUUAAGAACCAGAAGCGAGCCAGGUGUUCCGUUUCCCGUUCCGAUGUUGCUCAACUCCUCCGGGGUUCUGAACAAGACCGUGCUCUCAUCAGGGUUGAACAAGUUAUCAAAGACCAAAACAUGCUGGAUGUGUUCUCCAUCAUUGAGGGCUAUUGCAUUCUUUUGAGUGAGCGGAUCAACCUUAUCCAACAUCAAAAAACCUUCCCUGAGGAGCUUCAAGAAGCGAUAUCUAGCCUGGUUUUUGCAGCAUCAAGGUGCGGUGAAUUACCAGAGAUACAAGAAAUACGCCAGGUUUUUACAUCGCUAUAUGGCAGAGAGUUCAUCCUACGCGCUACUGAAUUGCGUAACAGUUGCGGUGUCAACCCCAAGAUUAUCCAGAAGCUAUCUACCAGGCAGCCAAGUCUGGAUAUCAGAAUGAAGGUGCUGAAAGAUAUAGCCAAUGAAAAUGCCAUCACUUUGCACUUGGAGGAGGAGGCUCCUUCAAUGGCAUCAGAGGAAAAAGAGGAGGACAAUCGGGUUGCUAAGAACCUAUCAGCUGAUUCACGAUCUAGUUCUAGAGAUGAUUUGAAAGACUUUUCUGAAGAAAUGAGCAGAGUUGAGAGUUUGAGUCUUUCAAUCAAAAGAAGAAAACAUUAUAAAGAUGUUGCAGAGGCUGCCCAAGAAGCUUUCUUGUCAUCAGCAUAUGCAGCUGCUGCAGCAAAAGCUGCAGUGGAUCUCUCUAGGUCUGCUUCUGGAGGGCCACCAGAUUACACCCUUGAUUUUAACAACAAUGAGGAAACCCGUCUAAUUCAGAUGACGGACAUCAACCAAACAGACCCAAUAAGCAUUUCUUCAACUAUUGCCUCAGAGGUAAAUGAAAUUCAUCAAGAAAACCUAGAGUUCAAUAAGGGUGAAGAUGAAGAUAAAGAGUAAAAAGACUUACCCAAUUGGCAACAAAGAUGAAUGGGGAGAAAGAGGAACCAAGCUGCUUUACUAUUCUCCUAAACAAACAGCUUCUGAUUUUCAAGCUAAUUCCGGGAAAGUUAACGAGGAACAGAAUUCUGCAGGGCUCACUGUGAAGAACUCACAGAGGUUGAAUACAAUGAAUAAGCCGUUUUCCAUGAGAACCAGAAGAUAGCAUUGAUAACCUUGGUUACUACUCAAAGUAUCUGUAGAUAACAAGAGCAAUGUGCAAGGGAUAUCUAUGACUUCUUUUAUUUUUUGUUUUAUGCAGAACGCAGCUAGAGGCAGUAAUUAUAGUGUGUAUUUUUUUUUGAUAGAAAUUUUAGUGUGUAUUAUGUAAAAGAUUCACCAGAGUAUAUUAGCAAAGAUUUUGGUUUACUGAGCA